AUGUCUAAACCAGUGGCGAACUAUUUGAUGAUAGCCCUUCCAAAGUCGGCAGGCAGUGAAGAUUCAUUACAUCUUUUUCUGCAGAAAGACGUGAAUGGAGGUGAAGUUAAACUCACACCAUUUAAGCUUCCAAGUUUUAAAGUGGGUACAUUGGACUCAUUGGUGGAGCAAAGUGAUGAACUAGCAAAGAUUGACAAUCAAUUGCACGCAUCGAUCUCAAAGGUUUUGGAGAUUGCUGGCAAUGUUUUAACACCUUUAGCAGCGUUAUCUUCUGGCUCUAGUAGCACCAACGAAACCCAAGCUCCAAGAAUGAAAAUAGACGGCAAGACUGUUGAUGAGUAUUUAGAAACUUUUCAAUGGAAUACUUCCAGGUACAGACUUGACAAGCCAACAGAACAGUUAAUCAAAACCAUCUCUGAAGAGGCAUUUAACUUAGACUCGGACUUGAAGACUGCUUAUAGUUCAUAUAAUGUUGCUCGUUCGAAUCUGCUAGCCGCACAAAGGAAGCAGACUGGUGACCUCACUGUGAAAUCUCUUCAUGACAUAGUCAAUAAGGACGAUUUUGUUCUUGGUUCUGAGCAUUUGACAACCGAUCUUUUGGUUGUGCCGAAAUCCUUGAAGAGCGCAUUUUUGAACAGCUACGAAACUUUGACUCCUUACGUUGUUCCAAGGUCUGCUCACAAAAUCACGGAGGAUUCGGAGUAUAAUUUGUAUGGCGUUACGUUAUUCAAAAAAUACGAGAAGCAGUUCUUGACUGCUGCAAGGGAGGCAAAAUGGAUUCCAAGAGAGUUCAAUUAUUCAGAGGAAGCUAUCAGUAAGAUGAGAAAUGAGUAUGAAGCUGCAACGAAAUCAGAGGCAUCAUUGAAGAACGAUCUUAUCCGUCUUUCGAAGGAGGCAUACAUGGAAAUGACAUCUGCUUGGGUGCAUAUUAAACUAUUAAGAACAUUUGUGGAAUCUGUUUUGAGAUAUGGCUUGCCUCCAGAAUUCUCCUGCUUUUUGCUCAAGUUAAAGAACGAAAAGGCGAUAAACAGAGCAAAGAAGGACCUUCUAUCGAAGUUCGAAUAUCUUGGAGGAAAUGCGUUCUCGACAGAUAAAAAUGGUAAGAUUCAAAAGGAUAAUUCUCUUCACGAGUAUGCAUCGUUGGUUGAUCAGGAUUACGAACCGUUCGUGUUGUAUCACAUUGAAUUGUUCUAG